AUGGACUUUUGACUUUGGGAAAAAUGAGAAAUAUAAAUAAUCCAAUGCAAUGCAACUCGUAACCUUCAACUUUACUAUCAGCAUCUUCACAUUUGUCGAGUUCUGUUGCUAAAAUUGUGCACAGCAUAAUUUCUCAAUUUCUACUCUUAUCAUCGAAAAGAAGUACUUGAAUCAUCCAUUUAUUUAUAUACCGGCGAGAAUAUAAAUAUAUUGAUCGAAUAUCAUCAAAAUGGCUGGGAUAAUGAGAAGAUUGGUAUUAUCUAGUCUCCAGACACCAAGUAUCUUUUCUGCGUUUCGAUGUUUAUCGACCUCCAAUUCUCUCUUGAGAGAGUUCGUUUUGACGGAGAAAGUUGGUGAGAAGAAGAAUAUCGGAUUAAUUACGUUGAAUCGUCCCAAGGCGUUAAAUGCCCUUUGUGACGCAUUGAUGAAGGACUUGAGCGAUGCGAUCGAUGAAUUUGAAAAGGAUAAGGAUAUUGGAACCAUUAUUCUCACUGGGCAGGGAAAAGCAUUCGCUGCAGGUGCUGACAUUAAGGAAAUGCAAAACAAAAACUUUGCAGAAGUAUUUUCCGGCAGUUUUCUGAGUCACUGGCUCAGGGUGUCGACUUGUCGAAAGCCUGUCAUUGCUGCGGUCAACGGAUAUGCUCUUGGAGGUGGCUGUGAACUCGCGAUGAUGUGCGACAUCACAUUUGCUUCGGAAAAUGCAAAGUUUGGACAGCCAGAAAUUCUAAUUGGAACUAUUCCUGGGGCUGGUGGUACUCAACGGAUCAUCAAAACCGCUGGCAAGUCAAAAGCUAUGGAAAUAUGCCUCACUGGGGACCAGUUUACUGCUCAAGAAGCAGAAAAAAUGGGUUUAGUUAGUAAGGUCUUGCCCCCUGACCAACUAUUGCCACAAGCAAUCAAGACUGCAGAAAAAAUUUCCAGCAAUUCCAAAAUUAUUGUGUCAAUGGCUAAAGAAGCUGUGAAUCGAGCGUACGAAACAACCCUUCAAGAAGGACUUCUUUGCGAACGACGCCUCUUCCACGCGUCAUUUGCCACGGAAGACCGAGCAGAAGGAAUGAGCGCUUUUGUUGAGAAACGACCUCCAAAAUUCCAAGAUAAAUAGAUCGUGUUUUAUGACCUGGUUAAAAUAUACUUUAUUCUUGUGAAUCAUUGCCAAUUAUCCAGCUAAUCAUGACUUGACCUGGCGAAAUAGACAAACUAAAAAUAUUGUGAGAAUUAUAUAUCAGAUUAAAACUCAAAUUAUAUUUUCCAUAUUAUUGUGUAAGUGUCUAUCAUUAUUUUAGUCUGAAUAAUCCUAAUAAACCGUGUAAACGCAUA